UGAUCUCUGUUUCAUAUGAGCUGGUGAUCAUCGGCUACGGAGUUGAUUUCAACUUCUAUCGCUGAUAAAAAUUAACCUGGAACAUUUGCGUUUAUUCCUCAGUGAGUUUAAAUCUUAAUUCCAUUGUUCGGUUUGCUUGAAGGCCCUCUUAUGACAUGGCAUCAAAAGAACAUCAUCGAGACAGAGACGUAAGAUGGCGAUUUCAAGGGGCAAUGUACAUGGUUUUCUUUCAGUUUAUUUUUCUUUGUCAAACGGAAGCACAGAUCCGAUAUUCGAUCCCGGAGGAGAUGAAAAAAGGCUCCCUUGUUGGAAAUGUCGCACAAGACCUUGGUUUGGAUUUGAAAAGACUCCGUUCUGGUCGGGCCCGUAUCGUGACCGGAGAAAACAUCCAGUACACCGAGCUGAAGGCAGACAAAGGGACUUUGGUCGUGAAUGAGAGAAUUGAUCGAGAGCAGCUUUGUGGAGAUAUAACACCAUGCAGCUUUACAUUUGAGAUUUUAUUGGAAAACCCGAUGGAGUUGCACCCUGUCACCAUAGAAGUCUUGGACGUAAACGACAACGUUCCUACUUUCCAAAACAGACACUUGGAAUUUGAAAUAAGCGAAUCGGCAGCUCUUGGUUCCCGUUUUGUUUUAGAGAGUGCGGACGAUGCUGAUGUUGGGGAAAACGGUCUGCAGAAUUACAUUUUAACUCCAAACAACAAUUUUGUUUUGAAACAACAUGUUAAUCCGGACGGCAGUAAAUAUGCCGAAAUGCUGCUUCAGAAACCCUUAGACAGAGAAGAACAGCCACACCUGUCUUUAAAACUGCUGGCUGUGGACGGAGGGAAUCCACAAAGAUCGGGUACAGUAAAUAUAGACGUCAAUAUCUUAGAUGCUAAUGAUAAUGCUCCUGUGUUUAAUCAAUCUGUGUAUAAAGCCACGGUGAUUGAAAACGCUCCAAAAGGCACUUACAUUGUUACUGUAAAUGCCAGCGACAUAGACAGCGGUUCAUAUGGACAAGUAACGUAUUACUUUUCAAAAUCAAAAGCAGGAAUCGCUGAUUUGUUCAAUAUAGAUGAGGCUACUGGGAGAAUAUAUGUGGUAGAGGAAAUAGAUUUUGAAAAAGACAAAAAAAUUGAGUUCAGAGUUGAAGCUAAAGAUCAAGGCGGACUGACGGAUUCUAGCAAAGUUGAGAUUGAGGUUAUAGAUGUAAAUGAUAAUGCCCCGGUCAUUAACGUGUUGUCCUUCACGAGUCCUGUGUCAGAAGACUCCACUGCUGGUACCACAAUUGGCAUAAUUAAUGUUAAGGAUCUUGAUUCCGGUGAAAACGGAAAAGUAAGGUGCACGAUCGAAGGCAAUGUUCCUUUUACAAUUAAAUCCAAUGUGAGAAAUUACUUUGCAUUAAUGACUGAUGCUUCAUUAGAUCGCGAAAAGCUGUCAGAAUGUAACAUCACUGUUAUUGCCUCAGAUGCAGGGUCGCCUCCCCUCUCAGUUAAAAGAACCUUUUAUCUGAAGGUUUCGGAUGUCAAUGAUAAUCCUCCAGUGUUUCAACAAAAUGUUUACAAUGCGUUUAUCGCAGAGAAUAACUCUCCAGGUGUAUCUGUACUAAGCGUUAAUGCUGAAGACCCUGAUGAAAACCAAAACGCCCAUAUUUCCUAUAUUUUGGAAGAGUACGAGAUCGGUGGAUCUCCAGUUUCCGAAUAUGUUUCAGUAAAUGCAGAAAGCGGAGUGAUACACGCUGUGCGGUCAUUUGAUUAUGAGCAAAUCAAACAGCUGCUUUUCGUCAUCAAAGCGCAGGAUGGAGGCUCCCCUCCACUCAGUAGCAAUGUGACCGUGAAAAUAAUGAUCCAGGACCAGAACGACAAUCCCCCUCAGGUUCUGUACCCAGUCCAGACUGGUGGCUCUCUGGUGGCUGAAAUGGUGCCUCGUUCAGCAGAUGUGGGCUAUCUGGUCACUAAAGUGGUGGCUGUUGAUGUGGACUCUGGACAGAAUGCCUGGCUCUCCUAUAAACUGCAGAAAGCCACAGACAGGGCGCUGUUUGAAGUGGGCUUACAGAAUGGAGAAAUAAGAACUAUCCGCCAAGUGACUGAUAAAGAUGCUGUGAAACAAAGACUGACUGUUAUAGUGGAGGACAACGGGCAGCCCUCUCGUUCAGCUACAGUCAUUGUUAACGUGGCGGUGGCGGACAGCUUCCCUGAAGUGCUGUCGGAGUUCACUGACUUUACACACGACAAGGAGUACAAUGACAACCUGACUUUUUACUUAGUGCUGGCUUUGGCUGUAGUUUCCUUCCUCUUCAUCACGUGUUUAGUGGUUAUUAUAUCAGUGAAAAUCUACAGAUGGAGACAGUCUCGCGUCCUGUAUCACUCCAAUCUCCCUGUGAUUCCGUAUUAUCCACCACGUUACUCAGACACUUUGGGGACAGGGACUCUCCAGCACGUGUACAACUACGAGGUGUGCAGGACGACUGACUCCAGAAAGAGUGACUGUAAGUUCGGCAGAGCUGGUAGUCAGAACGUGCUGAUAAUGGACCCCAGUUCUACAGGGACGAUGCAGCGGAUACAGAGUGAAAAGAGCAUCCUGGAUGAACCAGACUCUCCUCUAGAGGUCAGUUAA